AUGGAAUAUCUCUAACUAUCCUGCCACGACAUAUACAAUAUUGUACUAUUGUAGAUUUGUAGUAUCUUGAAAACAAUGUUAGAACUUGUUGUUAUACUUUCUGUUUGUAAUAUUGGAUAUGUCACCUCUCUCACGCAAUGUGAGAGCCAAUACGGCGGCACCUGCGUCAACUUCAUUUUCAACCAGUGUCUCUCCGGCUACAUGUACACCUACAAUGGGUGUGGCUUCCAGGAGAUGUGUUGUAUACCGCCUCUACAUCCGUCAGUCACGACUAUAGCAGCAGGUCAGUGUGGAAUUGCUUUUCCCGACCCACUACCAGCAACAAACAGAAUAGUAGGGGGCACAGUCGCCGCCCCUGGCGAAUUCCCAUGGCAGGUGUCUUUGAGGGUUUACGAAGCUCACAAGGACCACGAGUGCGGGGGCAUCCUCAUCAGUGACAAAUGGAUUCUAACUGCAGCUCACUGCUUCCAAGACGACAAGAACCCGUUCGCGUGGAACGCCAUACUAGGCGAGUAUGAUCGAGCUGUGGUGGACGGCCAUGAGAAGAUCGUCAAGUUAGAAACUCUCAUCGUCCACAGCGGCUUCAACACCACCACCAACACGAACGACAUCGCCAUGUUGAAAAUAGCGACCCAGACCGAGGCUUACACUAAAUAUAUACGCCCGGUGUGUCUGCCGUCAAAGAAUGAGACAUUUGACGGCAUGUAUUGCACGGCUACGGGGUGGGGCGCUACGCAUACAGACGGGUACGGCACCCGGCGCUUGUUCAAGGUGGACCUUCCUCUGGUGAAGAAUGACAUCUGCUCCUAUCUGAUGGACCGGACAAUCCCCGCCUCCGAGCUGUGCGCCGGCAACAAACGCGGGGGACAGGACACCUGCCAGGGGGACUCCGGCGGGCCGAUGGUUUGCAAGAGGAACGGUCUCUGGGAAGUAGCCGGAAUAGUGUCGUGGGGCUACAACUGCGCAGACGCAUACACCCCGGGCGUCUACACGAAUGUGCCGUACUUCCGGGACUGGAUCAAUACCGUCAUGCAAUACUACACCAAGUCAACCCGCCGGGGGACGGAACUCACCGGCGUACACUAUCUCUAGAUCGUUGUCCCAUCCCGUGCACACGAAACAUUAAACAAAUAACAAACA